GGAAGUGAUGUAAGAAAGAAUGGGAAGUGAUGUAAUUCAAAGACGUUAUAGAAGGGAAACUGAGAAAGUUCUGAGGGAGAGAAGAACGAGGUGGAGAGGAGACAUCACUGGAUUACACAGAGGAGGUGGACAGUACUUUUAGAAUUUAAAUACAUUGGAGAGACAUCUUAUUAUAUCUCCAGGCUGUACUGCGGAAGAUAGUGAUAUUGCACAAUGUUCUCUAAAAGUAACAUUCUACUGGUUGCCAACAUCAAUGGAUCGUCUAAUCCUGAGGAAUCUUCUGAUAAAUCCCAUACUAUGACCUCAGAUAUCCAUCUAUCCCAUACUAUGACAUCACAUCUCCAUCUAAAAUCAACGGAUCCUUCCAAUCCCGAAGAACCUUCUCAUAAAUUCCAUACUAUGACUUCAGAUGUCCACCUAAGAUCAAUAGAUCCUUCGAAACGUGAGGAACCUUCUGAUAAAUCCCAUACUAUGACUUCAGAUGUUUAUCCAUCCCAUACUAUGACAUCAGAUGUCCAUCUAAAAUCAACGGAUCCUUCCAAUCCCGAAGAACCUUCUCAUAAAUUCCAUACUAUGACUUCAGAUGUCCAUCUAAGAUCAAUGGAUCCUCUUAAAGUUGAGGAAUCUUCUGAUAAAUCCCAUACUAUGACAUCAGAUGUCCAUCUAAGAUCAAUGGAUCCUCUUAAAGUUGAGGAAUCUUCUGAUAAAUCCCAUACUAUUACAUCAGAUGUCCAUCUAAGAUCAAUGGAUCCUUCUAAUCCUGAGAAACCUCAUAAAUCCCAUACUAUGACUUCAGAUGUCCAUCUAAGAUCAAUGGAUCCUCUUAAAGUUGAGGAAUCUUCUGAUCAAUCCCAUACUAUGACAUCAGAUGUCCAUCUAAGAUCAAUGGAUCCUAUUAAAGUUGAGGAGUCUUGUGAUAAAUCCCAUACUAUGACAUCAGAUGUUCAUCUAAGAUCAAUGGAUCCUCUUAAGGUUGAGGAAUCUUCUGAUAAAUCCCAUACUAUGACAUCAGAUGUCCAUCUAAGAUCAAUGGAUCCUCUUAAAGUUGAGGAAUCUUCUGAUAAAUCCCAUACUAUUACAUCAGAUGUCCAUCUAAGAUCAAUGGAUCCUUCUAAUCCUGAGAAACCUCAUAAAUCCCAUACUAUGACUUCAGAUGUCCAUCUUAGAUCAAUGGACACUUCAAAUCCUGAGGGAUCUUCUGAUAAAUCCCAUACUAUGACAUCAGAUGUCCAUCUAAGAUCAAUAGAUCCUCUUAAUGUUGAGGAAUCUUCUGAUAAAUCCCAUACUAUGACUUCAGAUGUCCAUCUAAGAUCUUACAGUCCUGAAGGCUCAACAGAUCCAUCCGAUCCCCAGAUAUCCUCUUUAAGCCAUGAGGAAGCUCACACAAGAAGGAGCUCAUUGUCAUGUUUGGUGUGCGGGAAAACCUUCGCUAAAAAAAAAUAUCUUCUUGAGCACCAGAAAUCUCACAAGAUUAAGCGUUCUUAUUCAUGUUCAGAGUGCGGGAAAUGUUAUACCAGGAAAAGAAGCCUCGUUGUACAUCAGAGAAUUCACACUGGUGAGCUUCCCUUUUGCUGUUCAGAGUGCGGAAAAUGUUUUUCUGAGAAAAGCAGCCUUCUGAAACACCAAAGAAUUCACACCGGUGAACGUCCCCAUUCAUGUUCAGAGUGUGGAAAAUGUUUUUCUGCGAAAGGCUGUCUUCUGAAACACCAAAGAAUUCACACCGGUGAACGUCCCUAUUCAUGUUCAGAGUGUGGAAAAUGUUUUUCUGCGAAAGGCUGUCUUCUGAAACACCAAAGAAUUCACACCGGUGAACGUCCCUAUUCAUGUUCCGAGUGUGGAAAAUGUUUUCUUAAAAAACAAAAACUUCUUGCACACCAGAGAACUCACACCGGUGAGUGUCCCUUUUGCUGUUCAGAGUGCGGAAAACGUUUUUCUGACCAAGGAAACCUUCGUAAACACCAGAAAAUUCAUACCGGCGAACGUCCCUUUUCAUGUUUAGAGUGCGGAAAAUGUUUUUCUGACCAAGGAAACCUUCGUAAACACAUAAGACAACACACUGGUGAGUUUCCCUAUUCAUGUUCGGAGUGUGGGAAAAGUUUUCACCGUAAAGAAUCCCUUCUUGUACACCAGAGAAUUCACUCGGGUGAUCGUCCUUAUUCAUGUUCAGAGUGCGAGAAAUCUUUCACUGCCAGGGAAACCCUUGUUAAACACCAGAUAAUUCAUUCAGGUGUGCGUCCUUAUUCAUGUUCAGAGUGCGGGAAAUGUUUCAUGUUAAAAGGAGACCUUGUUAAACACCAGAGAAUUCAUACGGGUGAGCGUCCUUAUUUUUGUUCAGAAUGCGGGAAAUGUUUCACCUUAAAAGGGAACCUUGUAUCUCAUCAGAGAACUCACUCAGGUCAGCGUCCUUAUUUAUGCACGGAGUGCGGGAAAUGUUUCACCUUAAAAGGGAACCUUGUAUCUCAUCAGAGAACUCACUCAGGUGAGAGUCCUUAUUUAUGUACGGAGUGCGGGAAAUGUUUCGCUGUGAGGCACACUCUUCUUGCACACAUGACAAAACACAACUCGGAGCAUCCAAACAACUUUCAGACUGUGAUAGAUGUUGUACAGAUCACAUAUGUCCAUCUAAGAUCAAUGGAUCCUCCUAAACUUGAGGAAUCUUCUGAUGAAUCCCAUACUAUGACUUCAGAUGUCCACCUAAGAUCAAUAGAUCCUUCUAAUCCUGAGGAACCUUCUGAGAAAUUCCAUACUAUGACCUCAGAUGUCCAUCUAAGAUCAAUGGGUCCUUCUAAUUCCAAGGAAUCUUCUGAUAAAUCUCAUACUAUGACUUCAGAUGUCCAUCUAAGUUCUCACAGGGCUGACCGAUCAACAGAUCCAUCCGAUCCCCAGAAACCCUCUUUAAGCCAUGAGGAAGCUCACACAGGAGGAAGCUCAUUGUCAUGUUUGGUGUGCGGGAAAACAUUCACUAGGAAAAAAGCACUUCUUAAACACCAGAAAUCUCACAAGAUUGAGCGUCCUUCAUGUCCGGAGUGUGGAAAAAGUUUUUCUAAUAAAGAAAACCUUGUUGUACACCAGAGAAUACACACCGGUGAGCGUCCCUUUUCCUGUUCGGAGUGCGGAAAAAGUUUUUCUGAAAAAGGAAGCCUUCAGAAACAUCUGAGAAUUCAUACAGGUGUGCGUCCCUUUUUCUGUACAGAGUGCGGGAAAUGUUUUUCCAGUAAAGUAUGCCUGCGUAACCACCAGAGAACUCAUACGGGUGAGCGUCCCUUCUCCUGUUUAGAGUGCGAAAAAUGUUUUUCUGACCAAGGAUACCUUAUUAGACACCAGAGAACUCAUACGGGUGAGCGUCCCUUUUCCUGCUUCGAGUGCGGAAAAUGUUUUUCUGAUCAAGGAAACCUUCGUAAACAUGAAAGAAAUCACAGCGGUGUGUGUCCCUAUUCAUGUUCAGAAUGUGGAAAAAGCUAUUCCAGGAAAGAACUUCUUCGUAUACACCAGAGAACUCACUCAGAUGAGCGUCCUUAUUCAUGUUCAGAGUGCGGGAAAUCUUUCUAUUCUAAACCACAACUUGGUACUCAUCGGAGAACUCACUCAGACGAGCGUCCUUAUUCGUGUUCAGAGUGCGGGAAAGGUUUCCACAAAAAAGGAGGCCUUAUUAGACACCAGAGAAUUCAUACAGAUCACAUAAGUCCAAUCGAAGAGAAGACCGCCCCAGACGUAUUUCGUCAAAUGUACAGCGGCUUUUUUCGGGUGGAACUGUUCAGUCCAUCGAACACCUGGAGGAUGAUAAAGGAGUUUAUAAUGGGGGACAUCCUGGGAAAAAUCAUGUUUCAGUUAGAGGUGGAGCUCAUCAGGCUGAGCCUUCUGUUGGCUCCUGUUUCUUGGAGAGUCAAAUGGUGGGAUGAGCCUGAUAUAGGUUCUGCCACCACUUUACGAUCAAAAAAUCCAUCCAAUCCCCAGAAAUCCUAUUCAAGCCAUGAGGGAGCUCACACAGGAGGGAGCUCAUUGUCAUGUUCGGAGUGCGGAAAAUAUUAUUCUAAUAAAGGUAACCUUGUUGUACACCAGAGAAUUCACAAGGGUGAGCAUUCUUAUUCAUGUUCGGAGUGUGGAAAAUGCUUCUAUAGGAAAGAUAAAUUUGUUGCACACCAGAGAAUUCACAAGGGUGAGCGCCCUCAUUCAUGUUCGGAUUGCGGUAAGAGUUUUACAAGGAAAGAAUCCCUUCUUGUACACCAGAAACGUCAUACAGGAGAACAUUCUUUUCCCUGUUUAGAGUGCGGGAAAUAUUUUUCUAGUAAAGAAUACCUUCUUAUACACAAGAGACUUCACACAGGUGAGCGUCCCUUUUGCUGUUCAGAGUGCGGAAAAGGUUUCCCUGACAAAGCGAGCCUCGUUAGACACCAAAGAAAUCACACUGGUGAGCGUCCCCAUUCAUGUUCGGAAUGCGGGAAAUCUUUUAUUUCGAAAGUAAAUCUUCGUAAUCACCUGAGAACUCAUACAGGCGAACGUUCCUAUUCCUGUUCAGAGUGCGGAAAAUGUUUUGCUAAACAAGGAAACCUCCUUAGUCACCAGAGAAUUCACACGGAGGAGCGUCCCUUUUCCUGUUCAGAGUGUGGGAAAAGUUUUUCUGCUAAAGGAAACCUUCUGAAACACCGAAGACUUCACACUGGUGAGCGUCCCUUUUCAUGUUUAGAGUGCGGCAAAAGUUUUUCACAAACAGGGUCUCUUCUUACGCACCAGAGACUUCAUACAGGCGAGUGUCCUUUUUCCUGCUUAGAGUGCGGCAAAUCUUUUUCCGACAAAAGAAACCUUCUUAAACACCAGAGAGUUCACACGGGUGAGCGUCCCUUUUCCUGCUUAGCGUGCGGAAAGUGCUUUUCUGAACAAGGAAACCUUCGUAAACAUGAAAAACGUCACGCUGGAAAGCAGUCUAGUGAGCAUCCUUAUUCAUGUUCAGAGUGCGGGAAAUCUUUCACCUCCAAAGAAGGCCUUUUUGAGACGUAUGUGAUGGGCGAUCAGCAAUGUAUGAAGGAGGGCGAGGUUAUGGAUACCAAUAAAAGGGAGGAAUCUUCUCCAGAUAUCAGCUCAAUUAAAGCAAUGAAAACACGAUGGAAAGCAAUGCGUGACAACUUUAGGAGAGAAUAUAAAAAGCAGAAGCUCAGAAAAAGUGGUUCAGGCGGGAAAACCUCUCGAACGUACUGCUAUUAUAAAGAACUGAUGUUUUUGAAGCCCCUCAUGGGGCUGAAAGAGCCUCAAAGCAACAUGGACUCUGAGAGUGACAACGAACUUAAUGAAAUGCAGGUUCCAGAAGAACCACAAGAUGUGGAAGAGCCCCAACCGCUUUUUGAGGGCGAUGAGGAUGACACCCCAGAAAUUUCAUUAACAACCCCCGAGCCCGAGUCGACGACACAAUGCAAAAAAUCAAAAAAGAGAAACGUUCGAGAGCAGGCUCAGGAAUUUGUGGAUGUGUUCAAAAAAAUAAUAGAUACCCGGCAAAGGGACCCUUUUGAAAGCGAGGCCUUUGCGAAAAGUUUGAUUCCACAAAUGGAUCGCGUCGAUCCAUCAUUGGGUGAAGAACUGAUUGCUAUAAAAGCCGAGGUGAAGAAAGAAGAAGAAGAAGAGAUGUAUGUGACGGGGGAUCAGCAAAGUAUGAAGGAGGAUGUGUUUAUGGUGACAAUAAAAGAGGAGGAAUCUUCUCCGGAUAUCAGUUCAACAGGUGGACAGUAUUUUUGCAAGCUAAAUACAUCGGAGAGACGUCCUGUUAUAUCUCCACAUUGUACUGCAAAAGACAGUGACAUUGUACAUUGUUCUCCACAAGGAACAUUUUACUGGAUGGCAACAUCAACGGAUCCUUCUAAUCCUGAGGAACCUUCUGAUAAAUCCCGCACUAUGACCUCAGAUGUCCAUCUAAGAUCAAUGGGUCCUUCUAAUCCUGAGGAACCUUCUGAUAAAUCCCAUACUAUGACCUCAGAUGUCCAUCUAAGAUCAAUGGGUCCUUCUAAUCCUGAGGAACCUUCUCAUAAAUUCCAUACUAUGACUUCAGGUGUCCAUCUAAGACAAAUGGAUCCUUCUAAAUCUGGCGAAUCUUCUUAUAAAUUCCAUAGUAGGACUUCAGAUGUCCAUCUAAGAUCAAUGGGUCCUUCCAAACCUGAGGAACCUUCUGAUAAAUCCCAUACUGUGACCUCAAAUGUCCAUCUACGUUCUCACAGUGCUGACCAAUCAACAGAUCCAUUCAAUUCCCAGAAAUCCUCUUCGAGCCAUGAGGAAGCUCACACAGAAGGGAGCUCAUUAUCAUGUGAAGUGUGCGGGAAAUCAUUCACUAAGAAAAAAGCACUUUUUAAACACCAGAAAAUUCACAAGGGCGAGCGUCCUUAUUCGUGUUCGGAGUGCGGAAAAAGUUAUUCUGACAGAAGAAACCUUGUUAUACACCAGAGAAUUCACACAGGUGAGCGUCCCUUUUCCUGUUCGGAGUGCGGGAAGUGUUUUUCCAAGAAAGAAACGCUUCUUAUACACCAGAGAAUUCACACGGGCGAGCGUCCCUUUUCCUGUUCGGAGUGCGGUAAGUGUUUUUCUCAACAAGGAUGCCUUCGUAAACACCAAAGAAGUCACACCGGUGAGCGUCCCUAUUCGUGUCCGGAUUGCGGGAAAAGUUUUUCAAAGAAAGUAUCUCUUUUUACACACCAGAGAAGUCACACGGGCGAGCGCCCCUUCUCCUGUUUGGAGUGCGGAAAAUGUUUUACCGACCAAGGAAACCUUCGUAAGCACCAGAGAAUUCAUUCGGGCGAGCGUCCCUUUUGCUGUUUGGAGUGCGGAAAAUGCUUUUCUGAGCAAGGAAACCUUCAUAAACACCAAAGAAAGCACACUGGCGAGCGCCCCUUUUCUUGUGCAGAGUGCGGGAAAUGCUUUUUCCAGAAGAAACAGCUUCAUCUGCACCAGAGAAGUCACUCCGGGGUUUAUCCUUUUACUUGUUCAGAGUGCGGAAAACAUUUGGCCACAAAAGAAAAUCUUAUUAAGCACCAGAGAGUUCACUCAGGCGAGCGUCCUUAUUCGUGUUCAGAGUGUGGAAAAUGUUUGACUACGAAAGAGAACCUUGUUAACCACCAGAGAAUUCACUCAGGCGAGCGUCCUCAUUCAUGUUCCGAGUGCGGGAAAUCGUUCACUCGGAAGGAACACCUCGUUAGACACCAGAGAAUUCACUCGGGUGAGCGUCUCUAUUCGUGUUCAGAGUGCGGGAAAUGUUUGACUACCAGAGAAACCCUUGCUUUGCACCAGGAAACUCACUCAGGUCAGCGUCCCCAUUCAUGUUCGGAGUGCGGGAAAUGUUUCACCACGAAAAAAAACCUUAUUAACCAUCGGAGACGUCACUCGAGUGAGCGUCCUUAUUUAUGUACGGAGUGCGGGAAAAGCUUUCCUCAGAAACACUUACUUCUUGCCCACAUGGCAAAACACAGCUUGGAGAAUCCAAACAACUUGCAGACUGUGGUAAAUGUUGUACAGAUCACAGGUGAAGAACUGAUUGAUAUAAAAGCCGAGGUGAAGAAGGAAGAAGAAGAAGAGACGUAUGUGACGGGUGAUCAGCAAUGUAUGAAGGAAGAUGUCAUUAGGGUGACAAUUAAAGAGGAGGAAUCUUCUCUAGAUGUUACAUUUUAUCAGUUGGCAACAUCAACGGAUCCUUCUAAUCCUGAGGAAUCUUCUGAUAAAUUCCAUACUAUGACUUCAGAUGUCCAUCUAUCCCAUACUAUGACCUCAGAUAUCCAUCUAAGAUCAAUGGAUCCUUCUAUUCCUGAGUCUUCUUCUCAUAAAUCCCAUACUAUGACUUCAGAUGUCCAUCUAAGGUCAAUGGGUCCUUCUAAUCUUAAGGGACCUUCUGAUGAAUCCCAUACUAUGACCUCAGAUAUCAACAGAUCCAUCCAAUCCCCAGAACUUCUUCCUCAAGCCAUGAUGGAGCUCAUACAGGAUGGGAGCUCAUUGUCCUGUUUGUUGUGUGGGAAAACAUUCGCGAAGAGAAGAGGACUUCUAGGACCACCUGAAAAACUCACAAGGGUGAGCGUCCUCAUUCGUGUUCGGAGUGCGGAAAAUGUUAUUCUAAGAAAGAAAGCCUUGUUCUACACCAGAGAGUUCACACGGGAAAGGAACCCUUCUUGCACAUCAGAGGUUUCAUACGGGGCGAGCGCCGUUUUUUCCUGUUUAGAGUGCGGGAAAUGUUUUUUCAGUAAAGGAUCCCUUCUUACACACCAGAGAAUUCACACGGGUGAGCGUCCCUUUUCCUGUUUAGAGUGCGGAAAAUGUUUUCCUGACAAAGGAUACCUUCUGAAGCACCAAAGAAGUCACACUGGUGAGCGUCCGUAUUCAUGUUCGGAUUGCGGGAAAAGUUUUUCUAAGAAAGGAACCCUUCUUACACACCAGAGAAGUCACACGGGCGAGCGUCCCUUCUCCUGUUCAGAGUGCGGAAAAUGCUUUUCUGACCAAGGAAACCUUCGUAAACACCAGAGAAUUCACACGGGCGAGCGUCCCUUUUCCUGUUUAGAGUGCGGAAAAUGUUUUUCUGAUCAAGGAAACCUUCAUAAACACCAAAGAAAGCACACUGGCGAGCGUCCCUAUUCGUGUUCGGAGUGCGGAAAAUGUUUUUCCAGAAAAAAACAGCUUCUUCUACACCAGACAAAACACUCAGGGGAGCAUCCUUUUUCGUGUUUAGAGUGCGGAAAGUGUUUGACCUCGAAAGACAAUCUUAUUAAUCACCAGAGAGUUCACUCGGGUGAGCGUCCUUAUUCAUGUUCCGAGUGCGGGAAGUGUUUGACCACGAAAGAAAAUCUCGUUCACCACCAGAGAAUUCACUCAGGGGAGCGCCCCUUUUCUUGUCCAUCGUGCGGGAAGUGUUUCACCAAAAAAGGGGCCCUUGUUAGACACCAGAGAAUUCACUCGGGGUGAGCGGGCCGUUUUCGUGUUCAGAGUGCGGGAAAUGUUUCGUUAUCAAAGAAAGCCUUGUUUUCUCACCAGAAAAUUCACACGGGGGAUCGUCCUUAUUCCUGUUCAGAGUGCGGGAAAGGUUUCACCAUGAAAAAAACCCUGGUCAAUCACCAGAGACGUCACUCGAGUGAGCGUCCCUAUUUAUGUACAGAGUGCGGGAAAUGCUUCAUUCAAAAGCACUCCCUUCUUGCGCACAUGGCGAUAAGACACGUCUCAGAGGAUCCGAACAACUUUCAGACUGUGAUAGAUGUUGUACAGAUCACAUAAGUCUAAUCGGAGAGAAGAUGCCCGGUGGCGCGUUUCGUCAAAUGGACGACGGCUUUUAUCUGGUGGAACUGUUCGGUUCAUAGAACAUCUGGAGGAAAAAAAAUGAUUAUAUAAUGGGGGGCAUCCUGACAAAAGUCAUGUUUCAUUUAGAGGUGGAGCUUAUCAGGUUAUCAGUCUUCUCUUGAGACUCCAAAUGGUGGGAUGAGCCUCCUAUAGUCCAUCCCAACCACAAACGUUGCCGUAUCCUCAUUCUUUUUUUUUUCGAUUUUGCAUGCUAUAGAUUGAAAAUACACCAUGGAGAUCGGUAGCCCCUCGUAAAAGCCUUCUGACCCAUUAACUCAAUAAAAUAAGCCUCCCAGUGAACACUUGUAGCCCCAUAAGCCUCCGAUUUUCUGCAAGGAACUGGGGGUAGGGAUUGGCCCAAGCAGGUCAAUCACAUCAAAGUAGACUGAAAACUAAGGGUGUAGUUUCAUAGACGUCCUCAGGGGUGUGCCUGGGUACACCCUAAUCACCCCGUACGCCAGUGUAUCAUCCAGUGUACAGAAGUGUGUGGGGCACAUGACUUCGAUGGAAAAGGGUUUUGACAAAUCAUGUGAAACACGUCAACCUCGUCCUUCCUCUUUCCUGCCUGUACCCGUCCAGUGCUUUUAUGAUUUUUAAUAAAGUGUUUGAAUUGCUA